AUGGACAUCUCACCAAAAAUCCGUCGCCUGGUGAUGAUAGGAGCAUGCUACGUCGAUACAAUCCUCAGGUGCGAUCUCUCACGGCGGAGUUACGAGGGAGGGCGAGGACUACGGCUAACCAAAACCACCCAGCGUCCCAAAAUUCCCCCAAGAAGACCACAAACUCCGCGCCACCACUCUGGAAAGGCGGCGAGGUGGAAACGUAGCGAACACCCUGGAAGUUCUCCAGCAAUUCCGAUCUCUAGACGAAAUCGAGCUCGUGCUCCUCUGCGUUCUACCAGCCAAAUCCAGCGAAGGAACAAAACUCGUUAAAGAUUCAUUCGGAGAAAGGGUGGACACGGACCACUGUAUCUAUAGGGAGAGUCAUCACGAACCGGCUUCGAGCUAUAUCAUCAAAGCAGACGAUUGUGGGUCGAGGACGAUUGUAAAUUUCAAUGAACUGCCGGAGAUGGAAUUUGGGGAGUUUAAGGAGAAGAUUGCCAAAUUAGACGACAAGCGUACUUGGUUUCACUUCGAAGGAAGAGAAGUAGACACUUCGAUUCAGUGUCUGAAAUGGCUGAAGCAGGAGUACCCUGACUGUACACGGAGUGUAGAAGUUGAGAAACCGAAUCGGCCGGGGCUAGACAAGAUGGCUGAAGAGGCCGACAUAGUCUUCUUUUCGAAGACAUGGGCAGAGGCGGCUGGGUACUCUGAUGCUGGUGCGCUAUUGAAGGAGCAAGCGAAGCUCCUGGGCAACGCGAGCUUGUUAUGUUGCACAUGGGGAGCAAAAGGUGCCACGGUGCUAACGACAGCGGAUGGGUCCUUGCAUAGCGCGCAGUCGUCUCCAGAGCCGGAGAGUAAAGUCGUCGAUACGAUUGGAGCCGGUGAUACCUUUACUGCAGGCAUUUUGGGUAGCAUAUUGGCACCAGAUGCCGCCGGGCCGAUACAAGAUCGUGCCAAGGUGGCAGUGGACUUCGCAAAUCGGUUAGCAGGACGAAAAGUGCUGCAAGUAGGCUUCUCGAAUCUAAUUUCGGAUUGA